UCAGAAAGAUUUUCCUUGUAUUUGACCUUCAGUUCAUGGCAAGAGUCAUGUGACCUUUUGAACAACGAAAAGUUUGAUUGAUUAUCUAAAUUUUAGAUUUAAUCUCUUAGCAAUUAUUUUCUAGCAUUGAUAGUUGACAUAGUUUUUAUGUAAUUAUAUAAACAUAAAAAUAAGUAACUAAAGUCCGCAGUCCUCGUCCAAGUUCCCGGUGUUAAUUCAGCAGACAACACUUCCGGGAAAACCUGCUCACAAAAGGUCACGCAUCGCAUCCAGUAUUGUUUGAAGUUUGUAGAACUUUAGUGUACUACAGGGUUAAAUAUCUUCGGUGGGCUGUGAGAGGAAAAUGAAAACACCACGUCUUCUUUCUUGAAAGUGAUAUCAGAAACAAGAGGAAGCCAAGUUUGAGUUCGAAGUUCUCGUUUACAACAUGGCUUCAAUCGAGCCAGAAACCAGUACUGUUGUGACUUCAGUCCACCUUCAAGAGCUAACGGACCAAGCGCCACCGUCUACUGCAACACUGAUAACCGAACCAGACAACGAACUAUUACAAGCUGUUGAGGAAAAUGASGUGGCGAAGGUGAAGGAUAUAUUUGCGAAUAGACAAAAAGUCGACGUCAACUUCAUCAAUGCUUCGGGACAAACGCUCCUUCAAAUCGCUGUUGUUAACAGAUCGACAGAAAUCAUACAAAUCCUCCUGGAAAAUGGCGCUGAUGUUGGAAAUGCUYUGAUUCAAGCAGUYUCGGAGGAAUCACUMGAGUGUGUGAAGAUUUUACUSGAAUUUCAAGAGCUGCAGUCUAAUUACUCGUCCUCRUCGGACAGYAACAAUGUUUAUCGAGCAACACCUUUGAUUCUCGCCGCUAAAAACAACAGCUAUGAUAUCGUUAAAUUCCUUGUUGGUAAAGGACAUUUUAUCGAUGACCGUGACCUCCAUAACAGAGCUUGUGAGUGCACAAAAUGCGAAAGUGAAGGACGACUCGGGUGCUCUCUUCGUCGMCUCAAUGUUUACCGAGGACUGGCCAGUCCWACCUACCUSUCUUUGGCAUAUCUUAACCAUUCAACAGAUUCUGCUUUAGCAAAGCAAGACCCGAUAAUUCGCGCUUUUAUUCUGAACAAAAAACUUCUUAGUCUUUCUAAAACGGAGUACGAGCUUAAGGAUGAGUAUUUGGCGCUGGCUGAGCAGUGUGAAGACUUUGCUGUGUCUCUUCUCGACGAGUGUAGAAAUAUGUCUGAGAUUGAACAACUAAUGAGCAUCCCUAUACUGGAGGACAUGCAAUACGUCAAGAUUCUUGGACGCGAUGAUAUCUCCAAAAAACUCAGUGUUCUGAAUUUUGCAAUCAAAAAUGACAACAGAAAGUUUGUGGCACACAGCUACAGCCAGAUGAUGCUCAACUCUGUCCUCUACAAAGGAUUUCGAAAAUGGGAAAACUAUGGCGCCAUUAGAAAGAUAACUUUAAGCAUUGUAUAUACUCUUCUCUUACCAUUAUGGUCAGUUCUGUUCAUUUUCUGCCCAGAGCAUCAUUGGUCUAAACUGCUGAAUACCCCACUAGUGAAGUUUGUGGCUCAUACAGGAUCAUUUUGUAUUUUCCUCAUAUUGCUGUUCUUGUCUUCCAUUCAAGACAGGUUUGAUAAUCCUUUGCAGGUAUCUUUUUUAGAUUGCCUUCUGAUCAUCUGGAUCACCGGUCUUGCUGUGGAAGAAGUGAAAGAAAUCAUUCGYCAAGGAAGAAAUCGAUAUUUGUCUCAGUUUUGGAAUAUUGUCACCGUGUURAUGCUUCUGCUUUUCUUUAUUUCUGCUGCUCUCUGGAUAAGUGGAUACGCAAUGUCCAAAGAAGCCUCUUGGGCAAUAUCUCUCAAAAAGGCUCUUGGGUUAUCAGAAGAUGCUUUGAAGUCCUACCAGUUAAUUCUGAGUUCCAAUAGCUGUUUUGCUGUGGGGUAUCUACUUGCAUUUCUGCAUAUUUCCAAUGCGCUCCAAGUGAACUCAGUGAUGGGUCCUUUGCAACUGUCCUUGGUUAAGAUGACCAGAGAUAUUCUCAAGUUUUUCUUUCUGUUCAUUUUGAUCUAUGCUGCUUUUACAAUGUCCAUCAGAAAGGUUUAUUCACAAUAUGUGUGGGCAGAGAGUGUGGUUGGUAACCAUACUUUAAAGGACGAUGGUUUUGCAAGUGUUCUUGGCAGCAUGCGACUGAUGUUUUGGGCGGUGUUUGAUAAAACCGAACUAUCUCAAUUCGAAACAAAAUCAUUCCCUUCCAAAAUAACGCAAAAUACUGGUGAAUUCCUGUUUGCAUUGUUUAACAUUGCCACCUUACUGGUUGCUAUAAACAUGUUGAUAGCUAUGAUGAGCAACUCAUUUCAGUCCAUCGAGGACAAUUCAGAUAUCCACUGGAAGUUUUCAAGGACGCAUAUGUGGAUGCAGUUCAUCGACAAAGGCAGCGUACUUCCUCCUCCGUUCAACAUUGUCCCAACUGUAACUGAUUUUCUACAUCUGUUUCGAUUAUUGUUCACUAAAUGGUGCAAAUGUUGUCCUCAGUGCAAAUGUUGUGGUGAUAGAGGAAUGGAUGUUUUUGAAAGUCAACAUAACAACAACGAUUCCUAUCGGAGAGAAAAGUUAAUAAAUCACUUGAUCCAGAGGCAUUUUUACCAUCUCACAAAAGAACGCGAUACAGGGAAGAAGUCUGAACAAGUUAGUCAUAAACAAGACGAACUCAAUGCUUUGACAAGUCGCCUUGAAAAGUUCAUGGCAAAGCUGGAAGAAAAGGUACAACAACGAGAGCAGACCACAGAACAAGACUUUGAAGCUGAAGAACUCUUGAAUCUUCGGAAGAAAUUGAACAGGAAAACGUAAUUGAACUGACCAGAAAAGUUGCGUGAAACAGAUACCACGUGUUAAAAGAUGGACCAAAGUCCCGCAUAUAUCUGSAAGUGACCACGGCACUUCAGAUCAGUUGAAAACUAGAUCCAUUUUUGACAAACAAUCAUUUAAACACGGGAGCUGAUUGGGAURAAAUGACUGAAAAAAGACACACGUGUGGUUGUUAGUUGUAGGACUUCUGAAAUAGCCUCGAUCUCUCUUCUUUUGGGAGGGACAGGAAGCCCGACAAAAGGGGAGGCUGCGAAGGAGACUACGAUCUGCACAUUGACGAAAAAACUUAUGAUCUAGCAAUAUAUUAAUGUUUUAUUAUGGAAUGAGCUGCAUUCGAAUAUCAAAUAACUAAUUGUUUUUAUAGUAAUCCUAUAGAUGAAAUUUCAAAAUGUUUUGGGACAGAUAUCAGCAUCAAGACUGCUGGUGUUGACGGCAGAUAACCGACGAAUGUACCAGUCGAGAAUUAAAUGGUCGAAAAUGAAUACUAGUAGAGAUAUUUUGAAAUAAUGGAUAGUGGCAUUCUAUUCAGAAAAUGGGGUCUGCUCAGAGAGUGUGUUUUUAUAGCUAGAGUAUGUUCAAUAAGUAUCGGUUCAAUAGCAGAAGUGCAAAACUGUCAAUAGCCAAUGUGCGCGGGCGACAUCUUGGAUAUUGCCGUGGAAUGAGACCUGCUCGCUUUAUGCGUCUUCGAUAUAGCACAGUUUUCUCAAAUUUUCUCGGAACCGCGAUGGGUAAAAAGUUGCUAGAAAAUUGGCUGUUGUCAUGAAACCUUUUUUUGUUGUUGUUGUUGGGCAUUUUACAAGUUCGAGUCGGGGAGCAAGAAAAUUAAGUUCUUUUUAAGACGUCAUGCUGGUAGACUAUGGGAGGUUUUUUGAUUUUUAUAAAGAAGUAAACAAAGAAUCUGCAUGCAUAAUUAAAGUAUAUAUUGUUA